UAAUGUCAGCGCUCAGAGAGGCGUGUUGUGGUGGGCGGAGGAGCUGUGGCUGAAUCAGGGAACUGCUGGCUCUUCUACUUGUGGAAUUUUCGUCUAAACCCUGGACGCGUUAUGGUUUUAACGCAGGCAGUUGUGGGAGCUUUCCAGUGUUAAAGCAGCGUGGGGGAGCUGGUGGUCCAGUAGUGAGCUCGAUUAUCUUUAAGGAACAAGACAGGAAGAGCUCAGACACAUAAUCAAAAUGGCCUACAGACGAGAUCGCAAUAUCAGAGACCUGUAUGAAGAAAGAAUUAUGGGACGAACACUGCCAGCACCUUAUCAGAGAAUAGUUAAUGUUGUGGACAGACGGCAUCCCUUCAGACGGCCUGAAGAUGACUAUGAUAGAGAUACUGACGUUAAUUAUGGUCGUAGAGGAGGAGGUGGAUUCCAUGAGCACAGAGCCGGUCAUGGGGAGAGAGGACCGUAUGGUGGAGAAAAAAGAAGUGAACCAGCUUACAGAAGGGAGGAUCCGUAUGUGUACAACCGAGGGUUUACAGAAGAACAUGCAUCAUCAAGACAGGACGAGUUCAGGAGCAGUAGCAGAGGGAACUCCAGUAGCAGGGGUCAGAGAGCCCCUCCACGACCACUCUUAAAUUUACCCCACAGAGGAGACAACAGCCCUACAUAUGGUACUACAAAUCCAGACCGAAGAGGCGACCGUGAGAGCCAGAAACGUAAAUCUUCGUUCUCCCCUGCCCGGGAUCACCCACCACUAAAGAGAGAGGAGCCCCCCUCGUCCAGCGCUCGCUCCAGUCGCAGCUACUCUCCAGAGGGGAGCAAAAACAACCAAACUCAGCCCAGCCAGCCAAAGACCACUCCCAUCCAGCAAGAAAAAGAGAGACCACCCAGCUCUCUCACUGCUGAAUCUGGAGAUGCAUCCCCACACAGCUCAGUAUUAGCAACCAAGGAGGAGGUGGCGGGGGCCGUAGUGGAGCAGGUUAAGGAGACCAAAGCAAAGGAGGACCCUGAACAGACUGCAGAGGCACAUCGGGCACAUGUCAUCGCAAACAAAGCUCUGGAGAUUGAAAAGUUGUACAGACAGGAUUGCGAAACCUUUGGGAUGGUGGUGAAGAUGCUGGUAGCAAAACAGCCUACUCUGGAGAAGCAGCUGGAGACGGCACUAAAGGAGAAUCUUGUAGAGAUUAAGGAGCGAUGUUUGGAGGACCUGCGUCAGUUUAUAUCCGAGGUCAAUGUCGUGCUUCAAAGUGAUCAGGACAAGAUUUGACCAACGACACAUUGUGACAAAUAAAUAUGCUGUUUUUUGGGGACCAGUAAUAGUUUCUAGUUUCACAAGGUAAUAGAGAUGUGCCUUUCAGCUUGCAACAGUUCAAUUGUUAAGUUGUCAAUUUGUGAAGCAAUGCAGCUAUCGGACAAUCUUGAUGUGGCUGUGAUGUCAGUGUUCAAUGUCAAAAUAUUAUUGGCCCAAUGCACAGGCCAAUUUGUUUUUAAUAUAUAUGUAAAAAAAAUAGUUUCUUAUACUAAAGCAUUUAAUAAAGUUUUUCCACAAAUGUU